UGAUAAAUAGUACUCCCUGGACAAGGUGCGUUAAUUCUUUCUCCAGACGCUUAGGAUCGAAAUGGACGUCAUUACGCAAUCGCAGCAAGUAUCUCGGGCGAUCGAGAAGGUGAUUGUCCACCCACUUGUUCUCCUUAGCGUCGUCGACCACUUUAAUCGCGUUGCUCGAGACACUAAGAAGCGUGUCGUCGGCGUCUUGCUCGGAAGUUCAUCCAGAGGCACCGUCGAUGUUACCAACAGCUACGCAGUGCCUUUUGAAGAAGAUGACAAGGAUCCAAGCAUCUGGUUCCUUGACCAUGACUACCAUGGGUCAAUGUUUUCCAUGUUCCGUAGAAUAAAUGCUAAGGAGCAUGUUGUUGGAUGGUACAGCACUGGUCCCAAACUACGGGAAAAUGACCUUAACAUCCAUGCACUCUUCAAUGACUAUGUUCCCACUCCAGUCUUGGUUAUUAUUGAUGUCCAGCCUAAAGAGCUUGGCAUACCUACUAAAGCAUACUAUGCUGUUGAGGAGGUCAAAGAGAAUGCAACUCAAAAGAGUCAGAAGGUCUUUGUACACGCCCCUUCAGAAAUUGCUGCUCAUGAAGUGGAAGAGAUUGGAGUCGAGCACUUGCUGAGGGAUGUCAAAGAUACCACAAUCAGUACUCUUGCAACAGAGGUAACUGGGAAACUUGCUGCACUAAAGGGGCUAGAUGCUCGCCUCAUAGAGAUCCGGUCUUACCUUGAACUUGUCAUUGAUGGAAAACUUCCAUUGAAUCAUGAGAUUUUGUAUCACUUACAGGAUGUCUUCAACCUGCUUCCUAAUCUUAACGUGGCUGAGUUAAUCAAAUCCUUUGCAGUUAAAACAAAUGAUAUGAUGUUGGUCAUAUAUUUGUCUUCUCUUAUCCGAAGUGUGAUUGCUCUUCAUAACUUGAUCAACAACAAGCUGCUUAACAAGGAACACGAGAAGGCAGAGGACUCGAAGCCUAUUGCUGUACCUGCUGCAGCUGGAAGCUAAGGAACAAAAACAACUUGGUGGAAUUUGGCUAUGUGAUAGGCACUAUAUCAUUUAGUGUACCAAGUGUGACAUCAUAACUGAUCUCACCCUUCUCAUUUUCGAAAUCUCAAAUUGUUGAAUCUUCUAAAUAUUAAUACAAUUGAUAGAAUUGAGCGACCCUGUCUCAGAUUUUGUCAAGGCGUGUUUUAUUCUUUGGGGGCAUGGAGAAAAGCGUGAACUUCAUUACUUUUGAGUGACCCUGUCCCUGUAGUGACAAGUUUUACGUAAAAUAGUUUGGUCUCGUCAGUCAGUAUAUCAUUAGAAGCUUAUAUGGAGUGAUUGAUGAUCUGCUUAGCUGUUGUUUUACGCUAUUAAGAUACUUUGUGAGCCGUGCUUCAUGUAAUCAUGUUCAUGUACACGUUUUAAAUUACUCCGAUUUAAAUUAAACAUAAUUAGUUGGAACAUAAUU